UGCCGACGAAGGCGGAGGGCGGCACGGAGCGGCGUUCCCUGCAGCCGCGAACCAAGGCGGCGGUGGCGGCGGCGGCACCUGCCGGUCGAGCACAUUAAAGACAAAAGAAAUGAAUGGACACAGUGCAGAUGGUGCAGAGAGGAGCAUGGCUAGAAAUACAUAAACCCCGGGUUCUCCGAGGGAGCAUCUUAAGGCCACCCAGCAGCCGUCCGUCAACUGCACGUGUGUGAAGAUGACUCUGCUUGGCCCUCCUUUUGUCGUGCUGAAUCCAAAUGGUCCCUUCUAAAUUGGAAGAAGACAUUCCAACCCAAGUAGGGGAGGAGUCAGUGACUUCAUGGGAAAUCCAGUUCUCCUACCUUGAGUAGGUGCACCCUAGAACAUGAUUAUAGCAAUGCCAAGCAAGUACAACCGUGUGAAGCUGAAAAGCGAUUGCCCGCGGCCCUCCCUGCAAUGGUACACCUGUGCUCAGAACAAGAUGAGAAGACCCAGCUUGUUGUUAAAAGACAUCCUCAAGUGUACAUUGCUUGUGUUUGGAGUGUGGAUCCUUUAUAUCCUCAAGUUAAAUUAUACUACUGAAGAAUGUGACAUGAAAAAAAUGCAUUAUGUGGACCCCAACCGCAUAAAGAGAGCCCAGCAAUAUGCCCAGCAAGUCCUGCAGAAGGAAUGCCGGCCCCAGUUUGCCAAGAGGUCGAUGGUGCAGCUCUUCAGGCGCAGGUACAGCUCGGACCUGCCACCUUUCGUGACGAAGGCCCCCGCAGGGAGCGAGUCCAAGUACAAGUACGAUCCUCCUUUCGGAUUCCGCCAGUUCUCCGAGAAAGUCCAGACCCUCUUGGAACUCUUGCCCGAGCAUGACUUUCCUGCACACUUGAAAGCCAAGAGCUGCAGGCGCUGUGUGGUCAUUGGAAGCGGUGGAAUCCUCCACGGACUAGAGCUGGGCCAGGCCCUGAACCAGUUCGAUGUUGUGAUAAGGUUAAACAGUGCACCGGUCGAAGGAUAUUCAGAGCACGUUGGAAAUAAAACCACUAUAAGGAUGACUUAUCCAGAGGGUGCACCACUGUCUGACCUUGAAUAUUAUUCCAAUGACUUGUUUGUUGCUGUUUUAUUUAAGAGUGUUGACUUCAGCUGGCUUCAGGCGAUGGUCAAAAAUGAAACCCUGCCGUUUUGGGUGCGACUCUUCUUUUGGAAGCAGGUGGCGGAAAAAAUCCCGCUUCAGCCAAAGCAGUUCAGGAUUUUGAAUCCAGUUAUUAUCAAAGAGACUGCCUUUGACAUCCUUCAAUACUCAGAGCCUCAGUCAAGGUUCUGGGGCCGAGAUAAGAACGUGCCCACGAUCGGUGUCAUUGCCGUUGUCUUAGCCACGCAUCUGUGCGAUGAAGUCAGUUUGGCGGGCUUUGGCUAUGACCUCAGCCAACCCAGAACACCUCUGCACUACUUCGACAGUCUCUGUAUGGCUGCCAUGAACUUUCAGACCAUGCACAAUGUGACGACAGAGACCGGGUUCCUCCUGAAGCUGGUCAGAGAGGGCGUGGUGAAGGAUCUCAGCGGAGGCAUCCAUUGUGAAUUUUGAACCCAGAAAACCUCACUUGAAAAUGCAGUUCCGACCCGGAGGGCUGUUUUUCACAGCCUUCUUGAUGCGUCCUGCAAGAACUUUGAAGUGCAGCUGGUGUUUUUUAACUUUUAAUUUAAAAAACAA